AUGCUGGAAUUUACUUCCUUGUCAUGUGAAUAGCUAAGAAGUCAAAUUAUUUCAUCAAAGAGCCACUCUUGACAUUAAUGCUUGAACAGAAGGUCUGAACAGAACUUUUCAUUUUCAAGUUCUUCAACUCUCAAGACAACACUGGGAAAGUAUAAUGCCAGGGUCAGCUGAUCUGAGGAUUGUACUGUUGGGUCUGACAGGAGCUGGGAAGAGCAGCACAGGCAACACCAUUCUGGGAAAGAAUGUGUUCAAGACUUCACAUCCUGCAAAGUCUGAAACAUUCAGAUGUGAGGCUGAAACAGCGACUGUUGAUGGGAGGAAAAUCACAGUGAUUGACACACCAGGGUAUUUUUGUACUGAGUGCUCAGAUGAAGAACUAAAACCUGAAAUAGCCAAGUGCAUCACAGAGUGUGCUCCUGGACCUCACGCCUUUGUCAUAGUGCUGUCUGUGAGGAGGCAUACAGAGGAGAAGAAUAAAGUGGUGGAUGACAUUCUGAAAAUGUUUGGGGAGGAGGCCCUGAAGUACGCUGUUGUCCUGUUUACCCACGGAGACCAGCUUGACGACGACAUGACCAUCCGCGAGUUUGUGGAUGAAAAUUACCACUUGAAAGAUCUUGUCCAAAAGUGUGGAAACCGGUUUCAUGUCAUCGAUAACAAAUACUGGAAUAAUCCCCCUGAAGGCCAUGAUGAUGAGAGAAGCAACGCCGCUCAAAUCAGAAAGCUGCUGAACACGAUUGAUCAGAUGGUGGGACAGAACGGAGGAAAGCACUACACCAACGAGAUGCUCCAAGCUGUGGAACAAGCCAUAGAAGAGGAAAUGAAAAAGGGAAAAAUCAGAGAGGCCAAACAGAGCAUAUGGCGACGGUUGAUAAACAUGCUAGUAGGCGCAACAGUAGGGGCUCUGUGUGGUGCAUUGCCGGGUCUUGUUACACGUGUAGAUAUUGUGCGAGCUCUUACAGCACAAACAAUUGAACGACCUUUCAAUGAAGAUACAUUAGCAACCAGUGUACAGACUACAGCAUCACAGGUAGCGGUGGGAGCAGUAGGUGUAGCUAGAGCAGCAGCCCUUUGUGUUACGUUAGCGGGGACGGCCAUUGGGGCAGGAGCCGCGAUGGAAGCGGAGACCAUGAGUGAAGCCGCCAAGAGAGCAGCAGCUGCUGUUAAAGACAGAGCAGGAGCUACAGCAAAAUACAUUGGAAACAAAAUAGCCAAUGCAAUAUGGGCAAAAAAGCGUACAUAAAUUUGAACAAUUCUCAUUUCCAAUGUUACAGUACAUUAGAGAAAAUGGCCAGGAUUCAAUCAACAUUUGUUCUCAACUAAAGAUUUAAAAAUUAAAGGCAAUAAUCACACCCGCACCCCAUUCACAAACACACUUCCAGUUCAGCUAAAACUAGCUAAAUGUCAAUUAUGUAUCAACACCACUGAGAUUUCUUUCUUAAAAUGAAAGCCGUGUACUAGGGGUGUCCAGAGACAAUAUUAUGCGUCUCUGAUCAACCAACAAAAUGAACUGUAUGCGUGUAAUCUUUCACAUGAUUGUGCUCCUUGAUAUGCUCUAAUUGUAUUGCAUUAUCUAAAAGCCAAUUUUCUUUUGCUGAACUAAAAGAGUAACAAGGACAUCAUGUAAGUGGUGAUUAAAAUCAUAAAGUUGUCUGUAUUGUGAUCUUUGGAUAUUCUGUAGAAUGCUGUGACUGUUUAGUAAUGAUUUAUUAGUAAUCGAUUUGUUAGUUUCUGUCUUGUUUCUGCAGAGUGGUGAAGGCCCUAGCCAUCACCUCUAUUCUUCUGAUACAAAAUAUAUGAUGGUACAGUAAAAUACUCCAGUUGUUUUGAUCAUUCCUCCAAGUGGGGGCUUCUUUACACAUUUAUUGAACUAUGUAAUAAAUGUAUCUCUUAAUGUGUUGGGAAAUUAAAUAAAACAUGUUUUAUU